AUGUCCACCGACUGGCAGGUCACCGACUGCCUACAUGGCAGGUCACCGACUCUCUACCGACUGGCAGUCAACUUCGACCAUUUUCAAGUCCUGAGAGCGAUCGGGAAGGGGAGCUUCGGCAAGGUAUGCAUCGUGCGACGAAAGAGCAACAACCAGAUGUAUGCCAUGAAGUACACGAACAAGCGCCAAUGUCUGGAGAAGGAGGCGGUUAAAAACGUCAUCAGGGAGGUGCAGAUCCUGUCCUCGCUCGACCAUCCGUUCAUCAUCAACUUGAAGUUCUCUUUCCAAGACGAGGAGGACAUGUUCAUGGUGACGGACCUGCUGCUAGGGGGCGACCUACGCUACCACCUGUCUCAGGGCGUCACCUACUCGGAGGCCAGCGUCAAGCUCUACCUCUGCCAGCUAUCGCUCGCACUCGACUACCUCCGCUCGAAGCGCAUCAUCCACAGGGAUAUCAAGCCGGACAACAUUUUGCUGGAUGAAACAGGACAUCCAUUCCUGUCCGACUUCAACACUGCCACCCACCUGGCCGAGGGAGAGGAGGCCAGGUCGAUGACCGGAACCAAGCCGUACAUGGCGCCGGAGAUCUUCGACUGCCAGACGGAGGAGCGGGCCGGCUACAGCUUCGCGGUCGACUGGUGGUCGCUGGGUGUGGUGGCGCUCGAGCUGCGCCAGGGCGUGCGGCCGUUUGAGGUGCACGCCGGCACGCCGAUCGGCGAGGUGCGCGACCGGUUGCGCGCGCCGCCCCGCUGUCCAGCCAGCAGCGAGCCAGGUUUUGGCACGCUCAUCAGCAAGCUGCUGCGUCAGGAGCCAGAGCGCCGCGUCGCCUCGCUGGAGCGCAUCAGAACACUGCCCUACCUGCAAGACGUCGACUUCGACGCGGUUUACAGCAAGCAGAUACCGGUGCCCUUUAUACCGCCGAGAAACUCGCUGAACUGCGAUCCGACCUACGAGCUGGAGGAGAUGAUCAUCGAGUCCAGACCGCUGCACAAGAAGAAGAAGCGCCUCCUGAAGCAGCGGUCCGUGCGGGAGGGCCUGGGUCAGCAGGCGGAACAGACGGAGGACCCGCUUCAGCAGCGGCUGCAGACGGUGGCCGGUGACUUCUUCGUCUACGACCGCGAGAAGGAGCUGGCGCAGCGGCAGCGCGACCGACUGGAGGAGGCCUGGGAGCGCGAGCUGGCCGAGAGCAUGCAGCAGUCGUCGCCCAUCUCGCAGGUGGACAGCGCGGUCAUCGAGCGAAUCCGCGCCGACCUGCUGAGCGAAGGGCGUCGUCUGACCGAGGCCGAGCGCGCCGCCGGCAGCAGGACCGUGCAGGCGUUGCAGGACAUGCAACUGGGACGGCCGGCGGCUACCGAGGCGACGGCGUCCGCCAGCAGUCACAUCAGCACGCCCGCGCGCCGCCGCACCCGCCUCCAGCACCAGAUGACCGUCACCUAG